GCCCCCGCAGCCUCCGCCUCUGCAGGGCCCGGCAUGCUCGCCCAGAUGGCCGCCACCGCCGGCUCCGUCGCCGUCGGCUCCACGAUCGGCCACGGCCUCUCGUCCAUGCUCUUCGGCGGCAGCAGCAGCGCACCCGCUCCUGCCGCGGAGGCGCCCGCCGCGCAGCCCGUGAACAGCCAGAGCGCGUUCCAGGGCGCGAGCUGCGAGGUGCAGGCGAAGGAGUUUACGAAGUGCUUGGACAAGGCGGAUCUGAACAGCUGUUCGUGGUAUUUGGACCAGCUGAAGGCCUGCCAGGCUGCCGCUGCGCCGUACUAA